UGCGGGGGCUGCGGGGGCUGCGGGGGCUGCGGGGGCUGCGGGGGCUGCGGGGGCCGUACCCAGCCCCGACACCCGCCGGAGAAGCGCUGCAGGGACCCCGCGCCCAGCUCGGUGCCGGUCCCCGCCGCGGUGCGGGCAGCAGCCAUGACCCAGGGAAAGCUCUCCGUGAACAGCAAACCCCCCAGCUCUGAGGGGCAGGGGGACAAGAAGGACAAUGCCACCGCCCCUCCAGCUCCCCCGUCCUACGAGGAGGCCACAGCGGGGGAAGGGAUCAAAGCCGGGGCCUUCCCCGCCCCGCCGGCGGCCCCGCUCCACCCCAGCUGGGCGUACGUGGAUCCCAGCAGCAGCCCCAGCUACGGCAGCGGGGGGUACCCGGGGGACACGGAGCUGCUCACGACCUUCAGCUGGGACGACCGCAACGUGCGCAGGGUGUUCAUCAGGAAGGUUUACGCCAUCCUGAUGGUCCAGCUCCUGGUCACCGUUGUCAUCGUGGCUUUCUUCACCUUCUGUGAACCGGUCAAGGGCUACAUCCAGACCCACUCCGCCUGGUACUGGGCUUCCUACGCCGUUUUCUUCGUCACCUACCUGAUCCUCGCCUGCUGCUCCGGGCCCAGGAGAUACUUCCCAUGGAACCUGAUCCUGCUCAGCAUCUUUACCCUGUCCAUGGCCUAUCUCACGGCGAUGCUCUCCAGUUACUACAACACCAAGUCGGUGCUGCUGUGCCUCGGGAUCACGGCCCUGGUCUGUCUGUCUGUCACCCUCUUCAGCUUCCAGAGCAAGUUCGACUUCACGUCCUACCAGGGCGUGCUCUUCGUGCUGCUCAUGGUGCUCUUCCUGGGGGGACUGGUCCUGGCCGUCAUCCUGCCCUACCAAUACGUCCCAUGGCUCCACGCGAUCUACGCUCUGCUCGGCGCCGGGAUCUUCACCAUGUUCCUGGCCCUGGACACGCAGAUGCUGAUGGGGACGCGCCGGUACUCGCUGAGCCCCGAGGAAUACAUCUUUGGAGCCCUCAACAUCUACCUGGACAUCAUCUACAUCUUCUCCUUCUUCCUGCAGUUUUUCGGCUCUAGCCAGGAGUGAGGGUAGCAGGGCAGGGUCCUCCCUGCGCUGGCAAACGUGAGGGGUUCAGCUGAAAAGCAGAGGCGGAAGGGUCCAAACCUGGUCCAAACCUGACCCAGUCCCUCCCUUUCUGGUCCAUCCAAUGCCCCGAGGAGCCCCGGGCCCCUCCCGCAGCUUUGUCUGUUUGCUGUCAGGCCUUCGUGACCCCGAGAGCAAAGCAGGGCUUCAGUGUCGUGUCCCUUCUGCUCCCCCUGCUCCCGCCCAGCCCGAACCAGUGCAGACACUGGGGGCAGGAGAGCGGGGCCUCCCCGGCCCCAGGGGCUGCUGGAGGUGUCCCCUGAGUCCUGCCCAGCACGGGGUGAAAGUGCUGCCACAAAAUGACAGUGAGGGCAGCAGAGCAGGCGUUUGGUUAGACCCUGGCAGGACAAGCACCCGAGCCCAGGGAAGAGCCUUGGGAAAUCCUUGCAUUGCCCUGUUUCCCUCAUUCCUUUAGAGCUUGGUCGCCUCUGUGCUGUUCCUGGUGGCUCCUGCUGGUGGAAAUGUGGAGUGAGGGAUCACACAGCUGGAUUGCAGAGCUCCAGGCACAGGGGAGCUCUUUGUUCAGGAUGUGCUGCUCUCUGAGGUCAUCCCUGGUGCCACUGCAGGAAGAAUUCCAUGGGAUCCCUUGCAUCCAGCUGUGGGGCUGAGCAUCUUCCCUUCCCUUCCCUUCCCUUCCCUUCCCUUCCCUUCCCUUCCCUUCCCUUCCCUUCCCUUCCCUUCCCUUCCCUUCCCUUCCCUUCCCUUCCCUUCCCUUCCCUUCCCUUCCCUUCCCUUCCCUUCCCUUCCCUUCCCUUCCCUUCCCUUCCCUUCCCUUCCCUUCCCUUCCCUUCCCUUCCCUUCCCUUCCCUUCCCUUCCCUUCCCUUCCCUUCCCUUCCCUUCCCUAACCUUCCCUAACCUUCCCUAACCUUCCCUUCCCAAACCUUCCCAAACCUUCCCUUCCCAAACCUUCCCUUCCCAAACCUUCCCAAACCUUCCCUUCCCAAACUUUCCCUUCCCACUGUAGCUCCCCACUGGAGGGGCUGGGAUCCCAGGGAAGGAAUAUUGCCAGGAAAUGGCAGAGAAGGGAUGGAUGAGGCUGAGUUUCCAUGCUGGGAAUUCCCAUUCCAUGUGGGAGAUGUGCUGGGAUCCAGUGCCCCACCCCAAGGAUCUGACACCUUCACAGAACUGCCUUGGUUCCUCCAGAUUAGGGUUCCUAAGGGGUUAUUCCCAGGGAGGAACUGAGCACCAAUGUUCCCUCUCCCUGUUUCCCACUUCUCCCCUCCCAAAGCGGGGUGUCCGCACGGGCUCUGGAUGUGCUCAGGUAACUUUCCACCGUGGCCGCGCUCACAUUCCCUCUUCGGGGCUCAGCUAGCUGAUCCUGGCCUGUAAAGCUCCCCGGGGAGAUAAGGGCCCUUUUGCUCUCAUUCCAGGGGUGAUCCCUGCUGCAGAUAGGACCUGGUAUCUCCCAUCUCGCUGGGAAUGCCGGCGAGUGCGUCACGGAGCCGCCUCCAGCAGUCCCUGCUGCUGGAGAGAGGCUCUGCCAGAGCGCUGGGGCUGCACAUUCCUGCUCCUGCUGCCCCGGGUUUUACCCUGCACAUGUCCUGUCCCCCUGCCACACGUGUCCAGCGCCCAGGGAAAGUUACUGUGUGGGGAGGAGGAAUGCUCCAGGCCCUCCGUGAGCACAGGAGAUGCUUUACCCUCACCUUCCUCCCACAAAACACCCCCAAAACCACAACCAGACUAAAAAACCCAGUCAGACAGAAAAAAAACCCCUAACCAAACCAAAAAAAACCCCACAACCAGAUCAAAAAACUCCCAACCAGAUCAAAAAAACCCCAACCAGAUCCAACACCCCCAACCAGAGAACAAAACCCUACCAGAUAAAAAACCCUAAUCAGGCACAAAAAAUCCCCAACAAAACAAAAAAAACCCCAACCAUAUUAAAAAAACCCCAACCAGAUCCAAUUCCCUAAAACCAGACAACAAAACCCCAAUCAGGCAUUAAAAAAACCCAACCAGACAAGAAACCCCAACCAGAUAAAACAGUCCCAACCAGAUCAAAAAACUCCCAGCCAGAUCCAACCCCCCAACCAGACAACAAAACCCCAAUCAGACAUUAAAAAAACAAAAACAAAAACAAAAACAAAAAACUAGACAAAAAUCCCUAAUCAGGCACAAAAAAACCCCAACCAAAACAAAAAACCCCAACCAGAUUAAAAAAACCCCAACCAGAUCAAAAAACCCAACCAGAUAAAAAAAAAAACCCAGCCAGAUCCAAUCCCCUCCACCAAGACAAAACCCCAAUCAGACAUUAAAAAACCCAACUGGACAAAAAAAAUCCUAAUCAGGCACAAAAUACCCCAACCAAGCAAAAAAAAAAAAAACCAACCAGAUCAAAAAACUCCCAAACAGAUCCAACCCCACCCCCAACCAGACAACAAAACCCCAAUCAGACAUAAAAAAAAAAAAACCCUAAUCAGGCACAAAAAGCCCCAACCAAAGCCAAAUUCUCUGUAGGGAUGAAGGACACCAUGAGGGGAUGGCAGCAGGGAGUUCCUGCCCUGCUGGUCCCUGCUGAGAACCAAAUCCUUGGAUUCCUGAGCAGGCAGGACUGGGAAUGGCGCAGGAGGCACCCCAAAAGUGGAUGAAAUAAGAGUUUCAAGAGGGAAUUCUGUGGCCCUCAGCAGCCUUUCCUUGCUCACAGCUAUUUCCCGUAGGGAUUUGUGCUUUCCAGGCUUGGUGGGAGGAGUGUGGAGCCCCAUGAUGAGCUGUGGCUCUGAAAUAAUCCCAAAACUCCUCCAAACCGCCCUGCUGGGAGCUGGGGAGGAGCACACGGACCUGCAGCCCCCUCUGGGAUUGUUCUCUUUCCUUCUGGUGUGGAGUCACUUUGCUGCUGCUGCUGCAUCCCGGCUUUGCUGCUGCUGCAUCCCGGCUUUGCUGCUGACAUAUCCCGGCUUUUCUGCUCCUGUUGGGAACACCUGGCAUGACCCCGCUCCAGGCACCCGGGUGGGGGGUCCUGCUGUCCCCUGUGUCCCUUGCAUGUCCUGGUGCCACCCCCGCCAGCCCUGAUGGGCACUGGGGAGCUGGAGCUUCUCGGGGGGAGGCUGAGGAAUGCAGGAUUUGCGGUGGGAUGUGGAGGGCUCCUCCCCCUCCACCCGAAAUCCUCCCCCAGCUCUGUAUCCCAAUCCUCUGGAGCGGCCGUUCCUGUGAUUUCACUGUAAAUAGGAUUUUGUAUCUUCUCUGACUAUUGCUAAUAAAUUAUUGCAAAACUGG